CAUGUAUAGAACAAUUAGCCCAGUGUUUUUUAAAGACCAAGAAGGGGAGUGAAUAAAAAGACUACCUGUGAGAUGAAUAAAAGUUCGGCACCAAUUUUGUUACAAAAGCCUUUUUUAAAGGCUUACAGUGGAAAUUUGUCAUAGUAAUUUGACAAGUAAAGGUUAAAUCCACACCGAAAAACACAAAGAAAGAAUGCAAAGUUACAGAUUUAGAGACUCUUCCGGUGUAAGGGAGAGAGAUAAAAGGUACAAGGACAUAAAGCACAGGAGAACAAAUGUCAGAGCACAUGGGAGGUGAGAAAGAGUGUCCAGGUAAGGUAAGAAAAGCUUAAAUCUGUACAUGUACUGUAUGCAAGGGUUCUGAAAAGAAAUGAGUCAACCAUUGAGAGCUGGUGGCAGUUUUGAUCCAAAUUUAAGGAUAAUUUGGGUUUCUGAUGUGUUUCUGGAAUUCUAGUCCUGGAAUCCCAGUAAAAGGAUGCACACAGAAUGGCCAGUGUAUUAAUGGCAGCGUGUGGUCAAAUUGGGAGCCAGUGGCAAAGAGAGAUCUCUGGUCCUAACUGCUCUGACAUGGUCUCCGGUUGAAUAGUCGAUCCUAUUCUUCCUGUUCUUCCUGUUUUGCCAAAGUAAAUGGCAGAGCUCCUUCUGCUGGAGAUGUAAUAAAUGAGAUUGCUGGCCAAACAUGAUGCUCUCUCUGCAUCUAGGGGCUGUGAGCUCCAGUGAGCACCUCCAGGACAGCUGCACUCAGUGGGUACAGUGUGUCUACGGGAGGUGCUGCACAGAGUUCUCACUGCAAAGUCUAUUUCCAGAUACAGCACUCGUGCGGCGACAGGGACAGGUGUUAGUGAUAUGGCUCUAGCCGAGCGUGCUAUCUGUUUCUCCCUCUCUCCCUCUCCAUCUCUCUAGCUCUUUCUCUCUCUUUCUGUUACACCCUGUGUCUUUUUCACACCUUCUCCCUACCUCUCGAAGUCUCCCCAUUUCCACACCCCUCCUUUCCUCUCUUUAACUCUCUCACCACAGUCGCCAGCACACUCAGUCCAUGUACAUCCUGCUGAACAGCACUAUGGAGUCUACAAUGGUGCUCUGCUCUCUUUAGGGAAUGUUCUGCAUGGAAGUGCAAUCCUGUCCUUCCUCUGGAUUUUCAGCAUAAAGGCAUAUUCUGUAGGGAACUGUAAAAGUUUACAAAUGAAAACACAGCAGUAUACGUUUUCCAUACAUUGCAGUUUUCACCUCUUAGAGCAAAGUUCGCACCAGAGCAAAAACUCUUAGACGUCUCCUGACGGUAUGCCAGAGUCCCCACUGCAGGGAGGCCGGGUGACUGGGUCAUGGCUGCAGGGGGCGGGCGUGGCAUCAGGCGCAGCCGCUCUCGUGUGCCAGCUUGUUACAUCCACCUGUCGGAGCCAGCUUCUUUAUAGAAGUCUAGAGCACUUCACCACGGCACAUCGCCAUGGUAACACACAAAAACAAGGGCCAGGGAGGCGCAAAAAAAAGUGUCUCUCACAUCCGAGACAAACAAACAGCUACAAGGGGAGGAAAUUGAACAAGCUUAUGAAGAAAGGAUUAUAAAAAACACAAGUCUGGGGCAACUACCACCUAAGGGAUUUAUUGUUCCACUACUCAUUUUGUCUUUAAAAGAUGGUACAUUGAAGUCAGUCUCAGUGGGUUUGCCUGGUUGGAGAGCCCACGGUGUGUGUUGCUGAGCCCAAGAUGAGCGGCCCCUAACUGUGGCCCCUCUCUCAGCUGCUGGGAAGGGGAAGAGGCUCUCUCUCUGCGCCCACGAAUGCCGGGCGCUGGAAAACAUGGGCAUCGUGACCUCCAGAGUGGGCAGGUGUCGGACAGCACCUUCAAUUGAACCCCGAAAUGCUUGGGAACCCCGACACAGUGCACCCUACCGAGAGUGUAACGGUACUGCAAACAGCCAGCACUGCCCUGCCCUGCCCCCCUCUCAGCCUUUCUCUCUGCAGCCAGGCCCUGGUGAGGUACUGACCCCCGCGGUACCUGAGCGGCUGGCCGUAGAGAGGGGGUACGUCACGGCACAGCAGGUCUACAACCUCCUGAAUGCUGAGGCCGGAGAGCCAGCAUUGCACAACCCUAACUACAUCCUCAUUCUGGACUGCCGCAGCGCAGAGAGAUAUAAGCAGUGCCACCUGGUGACAGCGCGGGCGAGUCUGACAGUGCUGCACCCUGAGCUGGGCUGCCUGAUCACCCGGGGACAGCUUCAGGAGUACAGCAUCAUCCUGCUGUAUGCAGAAGAGGGACACAGUCCAGUGGGCAGUGAGAAGGCCAGGGCAGACUCGCCGACUCUGCAGCGCUGCUUCUUCCAGCUCAGCUCUCUCGGCAUGGACCCUGUCAUCCUGCUGGGGGGCUUCUCUGCAUUCCACCGCCUGUACCCCUUCCUGUGCACGCCACGCAUGGUGCUGUUGGAGCCAGAGCGCCGCGCCCUCACUAUCUACCCCUCCGAGAUCCUGGAGGGGGCGCUGUACCAGGGCUCGGCCGCCCAGGCGCAGGACUACCGCAUCAUCAAGAACCUGCACAUUACCCACGUGGUCAACGCCACGGCGGAGUGCCCUGACGCCUUCCCCCGCACCCUGCGCUACCUGCGGCUGCGGCUCAGCGACGACACACAGCAGGACAUGGGCGAGGCCCUGCCCCUGGCCACGCAGUUCAUCGCCGGGGCGCUGCGCGGGGGAGCGGGCCGCGUGCUGGUGCACUGCAGCCUGGGCCGCAGCCGGAGCUCGGCGCUCACGAUCGCCUUCCUCAUGGAGCACCAUCGCUGGUCGCUGCGCCACGCCUACCGCUGGCUGCAGGAGCGCCGGGCUUGCGCUGCGCCCAACGCUGGCUUCUUGCGCCAGCUGGCUGCCUACGAGGAGAAGCUCUUUGGCCAGAGGCUCACCUCGCUGGACGACAUCCGCCUCUAAAGUCAAUAACUGAUACUCCAAGAUCAACACCCUUCCACUCGCCGUUCUGCCGGACAGCUGCGGGCCCUGCUGACACGGAAGGCCAAGAUCCACCGAGAGGACAUUCAGGGCCGCAGACCAGUCUUGGACAGCCACCACGGCUCACCACAAUCAUAUCAGAUGCGCCACUUGGGGCAAGAUGGGGGUGCCCUCUCCACCUUCAACUACCCUCGGCAAGUUGUUCAGUCAUUUCCAUCUCCCAGUUCUGUUCAAAAUGUCAUCUGUACUCAUUCAGUGUUUCUAUUUAGACUGUUUUUAAGCCGUAGAUGUCUGUUUCACAUGUGUGAACUGCACACUUUACUGAGGAAGCUGAUAUUUUCCAUUGCUAUGUCUCUAUACUCCACAGCCCUUCUGCACUUCUGGGGUCCCCUGUCCAUACUCCCACUGUUUACAGGGCAAGUUUGCACAUGAUUUCAUUGGUUUCUACCAUGCUGACACUGGAAGUUGUGAGAUAUACCCUAGACAAAACAAUCAACAUUUAACCUGGAUGGUACUCUGAGCUAAAGUAGUUCAGUGAUCGUGGUUUGUUAGUAAGUGAUGCCAGUUAAUACUGGCCACUGCCACAGAUUAUGUGAUAGCCUGUACAAGUUACCAACUUCAAAUAAAUUGUAAAAUUGAGAUACUAUGGAAUUACCAGCAGCAGCAGAAAAUGAUGCUUAGUUCAUGACACCAGCUAAGUACCUAAGUAUGUAAAUAAUAUUGUCCCUCCUAAUAAUUUGGUUUGAUUAUAAUGGAGUAAAUUCAUGGACAAAGAAAAUACAGGCAAAUUAGUGUAAAAUGCAAAGGAAGUCCACAGAAAAGUGGGAGGCUGCCCUGCAGAAUUACCCUGGUGAUGUUUCGGAAGGACAGAACCAAGGCCACUCCCUUCCCAGUGGGAGGAGAAUAGGGUCUAUUCAGGUCCCUCUCCAGAGCUCAGUGGGCCUCUGUACUGCACAGCAGCACUAGA